AUGAAACUCUUGGAGUUCCGUACCUUUGCUGGCUCCAUGGCUUACCAACCCUGCUGCAAAGACAUUGAUCUCAUGGGAGUUUUCAAGGCCCUUCGCCCUUUGGAACCAGGAGGUGAUCACCUUUUCAAGGUUGCCAGAGCCUGGUCGUGUAUAGUCCAGUCCAUCGACGGUCUGCCCAAAGAUUUACGCUGGGUUCUUGCAACUAUUUACAACUUCUCAAAUGACAUGAUGAGUUCUGUAUUGAGCGAAGACACCAUGUGGACAAUGCGGCCGUGGCUCAUGUAUUGGUACGAUGUAGCAGAUGCGCUAUUGGAACUAUUUAAUAUACCCGCAUCUGCUCCAAUACCCGACUGGUUUCUACGACCUUCAGCCGACACCAUUGAGGAGGUAUUGAUGCCGGAGGCUGAGGCUGAACUUACUCUCUGCCGCACAAAUUCACUUACAUCUGACGGCAAUCAAACCGUACUUCACCAUAGCGUGCCGUCACCAGAUUCCAAUCGAGUUGACAUAGCAGAAUUGGUCGAUAGUUCGUCUUAUCAUCAACCAGGAAUCAACGCUUGGAUAGACGCGCAGCCAAAUUGGGCAAUUGAGGAACAGGACUUUGACCCUACUCCUGGAGGGUUCAUAUCAAGGAAACGGAACUCGCAGUCCCCACAACGAGUAUCGUCCCCAGCUUCUGAUAUUAGUCCCUUUCAGCUUAAUCCGGAAGCAAUCGAGUUCGAUCCCAAUCCUUAUUUAUCAACGUCACCCGCGUCUGUUUCGUCCAAGGUUUCUUCGAACUGGUCGAGGGCAUCAACGCCAAGCAUUUCUGACACUGUCACUCUCUACGAAGACGAGGUGGAGGAGGCGGGCAGUUCUGGUGAUUUGCGGUCCCUGCUGGAUUUCACUGGCGUUGACAAUUUUGCCUCCGAACGCAUUGACGAAUUUGGCUUGUGA